CGGGCUGCCCGGGCUGCCCAGGGCUCACGGGGCCGCCCCGGCGGGCGGGAAGAGCCGGGGCGGGCGGCGGCGGCGCCAUGGAGGAUGAAAUGCCCAAGACCCUGUAUGUGGGGAACCUGUCCAGGGACGUGACUGAGGCUCUGAUCCUCCAGCUGUUCAGCCAGAUCGGACCAUGCAAAAACUGCAAGAUGAUCAUGGAUACAGCUGGAAACGAUCCCUACUGCUUUGUGGAGUUCUACGAGCACCGGCACGCGGCCGCCGCGCUGGCGGCCAUGAACGGCAGGAAGAUAAUGGGUAAGGAGGUCAAAGUGAACUGGGCCACCACCCCCAGCAGCCAGAAGAAGGACACCAGCAACCAUUUCCACGUCUUUGUGGGAGACCUCAGUCCAGAGAUCACAACUGAAGACAUCAAAGCAGCCUUUGCCCCCUUUGGAAGAAUAUCGGAUGCACGGGUGGUCAAGGACAUGGCAACAGGGAAGUCCAAGGGAUAUGGCUUCGUGUCCUUCUUCAAUAAAUGGGAUGCAGAGAAUGCAAUCCAGCAGAUGGGGGGCCAGUGGCUCGGGGGACGGCAAAUCCGCACCAACUGGGCCACAAGGAAACCUCCAGCUCCAAAGAGCACCUAUGAGUCAAACACCAAACAACUGUCCUAUGACGACGUGGUCACCCAGUCCAGCCCCAGCAACUGCACUGUGUACUGCGGGGGGGUCACCUCAGGCCUCACAGAGCAGCUGAUGCGCCAGACCUUCUCCCCCUUUGGGCAGAUCCUGGAGAUCCGAGUGUUCCCGGACAAAGGAUACUCCUUCGUGCGGUUCAAUUCCCACGAGAGUGCAGCGCAUGCCAUCGUGUCCGUCAACGGCACCACCAUCGAGGGCCACGUCGUGAAGUGCUACUGGGGCAAGGAGACCCCUGACAUGGUCAGCCCCGUGCAGCAGAACCAGCUGAGUUACCCCCCUCCCUACGGGCAGUGGGGGCAGUGGUACGGUGGGGCCCAGCUCGGGCAAUACGUGCCCAACGGGUGGCAGGUGCCCACCUACGGCGUGUAUGGCCAGGCCUGGAACCAGCAGGGAUUCAGACACAGUCAGCAGCAGCCUGGAUGGGCCCCAGCUAUGGAGUGCAACCCCCCCAGGGCCAGAACGGUGCCGUGGUGCCCCCCCAGCCCGGUUUCCGCGUGGGCUUCGAGACCCCCUGAGCGCAGGGACCCCCCAGCACCCCCCACCCGGGUAUUUAUUACCAGAGCCACAAUCCAAGGGGUUGGAAUCAUGGAAAAAUCGCCCCCAUCCUUUCAAUUUUAACAAAAUCCCCCUUUCCCCCCCCAAACCCAGAUGCUGGAUCGCCGCCUUCUGCCUUGGUUGAUUUUUCCUCCUUUUGAUGUGUUUCUUAAAUUCAAUGUUUUUUAGAAACACAAAUGCAGGGACUUCGCUGCCUUAGCUGAGAAUUGGGGCAGGAAUUGCACAAAUCAUCCUUGUUUUUGUAUUUUUGGGGGGUGUUUUCCUCAGAGCCGAUGGGAAAAUAAACCAUAAACAGCUGUAAAACCCCCCAGAAUAAGCCAAAAGUGUGGGAAUCCUGGAGCUGCCAAAUCUUCAGCCUCACACCCUGUUUUUAAGCAGCCUCUUGGAAAAACCUGGCUUUUCUUCUACCAGGAGGGGAUUUUUCUGAGGAUAAAUUACUAGUUUACAUCAUUUUUUGUGGAUCUCAGUGUGUUUUUCAGGGUCGGUUUUGCCUUACGAUGGGGGGGGGGAAAAGGGGUGUGACAACACCCAGCUCCCCAAGUGAGCCAAGAUUCCCACCCUGGGACAGCAAAAUUCCUGUUGCUAAAACGUGACAAAUCCCUCCAGGGUUGUUACUUUGAUUUUUUUUUUUUUUACUGAUUUCUACAUUUUCCUGUAAGAUAUUUGAGCAAAUUGAAGAAUUUUGCACAACUUUUGGCCACUUUUGUACUUUUCCUUAUUUAAAGGUAGGACACGGAGUCUUUUUGACAUGAUUUUAUGCCUCAAAUCUUCCUUUUUUUCCCUUAUUUUUUUGUGGAUAUCAAAUAUCUCUUGGAAUAUAAAGUUUUUAAUGAAUUGUGUAAAAUUCCCUCGCUAUCCCAGGUGUGUUUUACAAGGGAGUGAAGGUGAGAAGAGCUCUCAAACCUGAUCUAUCAGAGGCCAAAACCACCCUUUUUUUAAUCCUACCUCUUGCCCAGCCUUUAAAAAAAAUCACAAAAAAACCCACAAAAAUGG